AUGACACAGAAACUCAACACUGAAAACAUCGAGGACAACUUCCCCAGCCUGCCUCCCUUCCCGGACAACGUCUCCACAGCACCCCUGCUCCGGCUAUCGCUUGGAAAGCUGCUAGCCGGCGAGACAGCAGAGUAUGAGCGACUCUUCCAAGCCUCAGUCGACAUUGGAUUCUUUUACCUGGAUCUUCAAGACUCGGAACAUGGAAACUCUCUCCUCAGUGAUGCAGAUGAUCUCUUCCAGAUUGGGGAGAGGUUAUUCGAGCUGCCCCUUGAAGAGAAGAUGCGAUAUGACUUUAGUGCGCAGAACUCAUACUUUGGGUAUAAAGGCCAGGGAGUUGCGGUUGUUGACAAGAGCGGGAACUUGGAUCGAAAUGAGUUCUACAACGUAUCCAAAGAUGAUACCCUGGGAAUAUCCGACCGGCUCCCAGCCCCAGACGUCUUACACAACAAUCGGGAAAAGCUAAGAUCGUUUAUAAACGGCUCACAUGCAAUCGUCACCCUCAUACUCCAAGUCCUGAACGACAAACUCGCCCUGCCGAAAGAUACUCUCACCAACAUGCACCGAAGACAAGCGAUAAGCGGCGACCAAGUCCGCUUCAUAAAAGCACCUCCGCAACCAAUAGAUGACAGGCGCACCGCGCUGGGCCAACAUACUGACUUCGGCAGCGUGACAGUCCUCUUCAAUCGACUCGGCGGACUGCAGGUGCUCCCACCUGGCGCCGAGGCGGAAUGGGUAUAUGUGCGGCCAUUACCAGGACACGCGAUUAUUAAUCUUGGCGAUGCGAUGGUCAAGUUCACGAACGGAUUAUUCCGAUCGAAUAUUCAUCGCGUUGCUGCUCCGCCUGGUAUCCAGGGUGACUCGACACGGUAUAGUCUUGUGUACUUUGCGCGGCCGGAGGAUGACGUUAUGUUGAGACGACUUGAUGGGUCGAAUCUUAUUCCGCCGAUUGAGGAUGGUCAGGUUGAGGAGGAGAUUAAUAGUAAGGAUUGGAUUAUUCGGCGGGCGCUGGGACGACGUGUGGACUUGGUUAAGGAUAUUGAUUAUGAGAAGUCGGCUGGGACGGAACAGAUGAGUAGGAGGAUUAAGGUGUAG